AUCAGCAGCAGCAGUCUUAUCUGUGGGCCGCAGGGGCUGAUGGGAGCUUUGAGGACCUGUUAGAAACCACGUGGCCCUCGUCUGAUCUCACAGCUCGUCCUUGUUUGGCCUCAGCUGCAUCAGAGCGCCACUUCUCCCCAGGUUCACCAGAGGAAACACCACUGCACAAAAUGCUUUUCCUCCCAGCUGCUGCUCUGUGCUGUCUGUGUUCAGCACUGGUUACCAUGGCAGCUGAACAGCUGAUUCAAGAUGGUUUAACAUUGACCAGGAGAGUUGGAGAAAGUGUCUCCUUCAGCUGUGGAGGGACGGAACAGUGUUAUAGCGGUGUGCCCUAUGUACAGUGGUUCCAGAAGAAAGAAAAUGAAACAUUCAAAUUUAUUUUUGUUUUUCAUAGAGAUAGUGGUGAAGCUCCACCUGAUUUCGAGAACAGUACUUUCACAGCUGUAAAUAAAGGGAAAGGCUGGGAGUUAGAGAUUAAGGAAAUUAAAUUAAAUCAUUCAGCCACCUACUAUUGCUUCUGUCCUAAGCUUGAUACCCACAGAUGGAACUACCUCAUCUUUGGCUCUGGAACUAAACAUUUAUUUUCCUUCAAUGAGCAGGUAGUGAAGCCCGUGGUGAGCGUGUACCCAGCAGCAUCCAGAGCCCACCUGGAGGGGAACAGCUCCCUGCUGUGUGUGGCCUCAGCCAUGUUUCCUCCUCUGGUCCAGUUCUCCUGGAAAAGACAGAAGAAGAACGGCGGAGAAGCGGAGGAGCUGCCCCCUGCUGAGGGAGAGCAGCUGGAGCUCAGAGAGUCGGGACGCAGCGCCUCCAUCUUACUGAUCAAUCAGCAGGACACCAACACAUAUAAAUACAGCUGCUCCGUGAAGCACGAGGGGGGCACAGUGGAGGCCCAAACACAACAAGGUAAUGAAGGCUUGGUGACUCAGAGGACUGACAUUUCUCACUGCAGCUCCAAACAUUUGACUCCUUUUCUUUUUCCACCCACAGAUUAUGUUCUUUCUAUGCACAAGGUAAGGCUGCUCUGCCUGCUGUACACAGUGCUGAUAGUGAAGAGUCUGGUGUACUGCUGUGGACUCUCUCUGCUGAUGAUCCGCAGAAACAAGGGAGCGUCCACCAACUGCACACAUGCUGACUGACUGUUUUCUGCUCGCCUUUUCUCACCAUCAAAUCUCAUCAAUUCAUCUCAUUCAUCACUUUGAUCAGUAUCACAAAUGUUAGUUAUGAUGUGUUGUGCUUAUUUUGGCUUUUUAUUCAAUAGUUAGAAGAUCAUCUGAAAUAAAUACAUCUUUAC